AUGGGCUCCGUUAUAGAUUUCUUCGAUUAUAUUAUCGUGGGUGGCGGCACGGCGGGCUUGACAGUUGCAAAUCGCUUGACUGAAGAUGCAGAUGUCAAGGUCCUAGUGAUUGAGGCGGGGCAAGAUCGCACGAAUGAUGCCCUGGUUCAGGUCCCAGGACUUGUUGUUGGAAUGUAUGGUAAACCGGAAUAUGAUUGGAACUUCAGCUCAACGCCUCAGCCGGGACUCAACAAUCGUAUCAUCAGCCAGGCUCGUGGCAAGCAACUGGGAGGAACAUCUGCGAUUAAUUUCAUGAUGCUCUUAUUUCCUCCCAGAGGCAGUCUGGAUGCUUGGGGUGCCUUGGGAAAUAAGGGCUGGGACUAUGAAUCCCUCUCGCCGUACUUGCGCAAGUUUGCGACGGUCCACCCCCCUCCUCAAGCUGCCAAAGACACUCUUGGCCUCAAAUAUCACGACGAUUCGCUUGUUGGCAAUGGGCCCGUUCAGGUUUCCUAUAGCGAAGGCUACAGCGAGUCAAAUGCGGCCUGGAUGGAGACCUUUGCCAAACUUGGAUUGGAGAUGAAAACAGACCCGCGAACCGGGAAGGGCUUGGGAGCGUUUCAGCAAGGCGGCAGUAUUGAUCCCGCCACUAAAACACGGAGUCAUGCUGCCAGCGCGCAUUAUACUCCCGAGAUUGCGAGCAGACCAAACUUGACAGUCAUCACGGAGACGACCGUCAAGAGGAUUAUUUUCGACACUUCCAAAGCCGAGCCUGUUGCGGUUGGUGUGCUUGUCCGAUCAAAAGAUGGCAGUGAUAAGACGUUGAGUGGUGGCGAGAUCAUCCUAGCUGCGGGAGCUCUUAUGUCACCCCAGAUCCUCGAACUCUCUGGCAUUGGCAGCAGGUCACUCCUUGAGAGUCUGGAUAUUCCAGUCAUAGUCGACAAUCCAAAUGUCGGAGAGAAUCUGCAAGAUCAUCCCAUUACAUGCCAGUCAUUCGAGGUCAAUUCUGGGGUUCCUUCGGGAGACGUGCUCCGGGAUCCCAACGUACUCAACGCUCUUGUACAGCAAUACCAGGACGGCGGCAAGGGCCCCUUAGGCCAGUCCAAUAUUAGCGUUGCAUAUGUGCCCCUUGCUAGUGGAGAGGGUGUUUAUUCUCAAGACACCAAGAAGACCCUGUUUGCCUCGUAUGACGAGCAUGUGCAGACCCAGGAUGGGCAAGUGAUUCGCAAGCUCCUCGAAGAAUCAGACGAACCAAGCGUCCAGUAUUUCUUCUUCCCUUCACAGACACACACCGACAUGCAUGACCCGCCUAGUAUGGCGGAUUACCUCUUGCCAACAAGCCCGGAGAAUUAUCUGACAGUCAUGUCAAUGCUGAACCAUCCCCUUUCCCGUGGCAGCAUCCAUAUUACCAGUGAUGAUGUUGACAAGCUUCCUAUUUGGGAUCCUAAAUUCAACUCCAAUCCGUUGGAUCUAGAAAUCUCUGCACGACAUGUCCAAUUUGUGGAAAUGCUUCUCCGUACAUCUCCCUUUGGAGAUAUCUUCAAGCCUGAUGGCGCUCGCAUCCCGCAGGUCAAGGGUGAUACUUUGGAGGAUGCCAGAGAGGUUGUUCGUCAAUGCCAAGUUUGCUGUUUCCACCCCGCGUGUAGCUUAGCCAUGAAGCCAAGGGAGAGAGGUGGUGUUGUAGACAGCAGAUUGAGAGUAUACGGUACCAAAGGACUGAGAGUGGUCGAUGCCAGCGUUUUUCCUCUUCAGACUGCGGGAAAUAUUCAGACCAUGGUCUACGUUGCUGCAGAGAGGGCUGCAGAUAUCAUCAAGGAGGAUAGAAAGGCGAGGGUUUGA